AUGUCGGCACCCUCCACCUCAAAGCGCAGUGUCGCCCAGGCUUUGGACUUUUUGGCGGAGCAGAGGAGACGACCCGAUCGACGAAGUCAAGAGGUGGUUGCUUGUGGAGAGUUGAUCCUUCUGGGAGGGCACUUGAACGCGCUUGGCCAGGAUGAAUUGUGGUCGCUGCUGGAGCAAAUUGCCAUCGCCGCGCUAGACGUUGGCAACUGGGAAGUGGCAGAGCUCUGCGUCUCACGGCUCAAUACGAGAUUUCCCGAAUCGAGUCGGGUGGCCAGCUUGCAAGGAAUGCUGCUCGAAGCGCGAGGCGAAGCAUCGAAAGCGCUGGACUUUUAUCAGUCGCAGCUUGCAAAAGACCCCACGGACGUGACGAUGGCAAAGCGGCGCAUAGCAGCCAUGAAGGCUAUCGACCCUAACAUGGAUCCACGUGGAGGUGUACCAAAUGCUAUACUUGCCCUGCGCGCCUUCCUCGAUCACUACUACGCAGAUGCUGAGGGGUGGCAGGAGCUGGCAGGCUUGUAUGCGAAUGUUGCGCUGUAUCCGCAAGCGAUCUUUGCUCUAGAGGAAUUGCAACUGCUGCAACCGCAAAACAUCUUUGUCGUGCUUCAAUUGGCCGAGACCCAGUACACUGCCCAGGAGCUCGAAAAGGCGUACACGAGCUUCUUAAGAGUGGUAGACAUGUGUGACCGCGUCGAUCCAGGCACCCGAAACACGGGGCCCUGGCUAAGGUCUCUGUGGGGAUUGAAGGCCACGACAAGCAAACUACUCCAACGAGGUGAAGGUGCCAGCGUAAUUCGCUCGGGCACCAAAGAGGAUCAGGCAGCAUUCAGCCUGUCCAAGGUCAAAGAAGUAGAUGCGCUCAUCACCGAUCUAAUCCUCAAUCGAGCGUACAUAUCAAGCUCCAAAGACGGCCUGGCAGGACCGCGGCUUACCAGAGAAGCAGCGAGAGCGCUGCUCGCCGCAGCGUCGUAG